GUUGGUUUCAACGGUCAGUCGCUUUCCCACGCUGAGGACCUGCUCGUAAUUCCGCCUACUUCUUCCUUUUGUUUUUUCAAUUUUCUUUUUACAGAUUUCUUUUCAUUAUGCUUUUAAUCCAUAUUUGCAUUUCUUCCUCUUUCACCUUUUGAUCCUCCGUCAAGCUUCCAUAUCAGAUGGGAUGCUUAACUUUGAUUUGGGAGGGUAGGAGCAUCUAUUAUCUUGAUCAACCAGUGAUUUCCUUGAGUUUUCCUAACUGGAAGGUCAUGAGAUUCUAGAGAAAUUGUUAGGCAGAUGGCAGCAAAGGAAAAUUCUUCUGUACAAGUGCAGAAGAACUUAGAGGGGUUUGUAGCCAUUCUAACAUCUGCAGCAUGUGAAUGGUUUUUUAUAUUUCUUCUGCUUGUCGAUGGACUAUUAUCCUAUCUGCUGAUGAAAUUUGCAAACUAUUGCAAUUUGCAAAAGCCUUGCAUCUUUUGCUCGAGGUUUGAACAUGUUAUAGGCAAUGAAAAACCUCAACUUUAUCAGGAUCUACUUUGCAGCAACCACAUAUCAGAGCUCUCGUCUUGGAUAGCUCGUCAAGUUUAUGGUAAGCACGAUGGAAAUGAAACGUGUGAAGAUUCCAACCCAGAAACGCACAUUCUUUUAGAUGGUAAGUCAGGAUUGGAUCUUGGAAGUUCCGGUUCUAAGAGGUCCAAGCAGAACAGAAAUUUUGUUCAUAGUUCUGUGGGUGCAAGUCCAUGCUCUUUUUGCAGUAGGCCUCGGAGACCUAGAGAAAAUGCUCAAGGACUGCGACGGAAAUCACCUAGUCCCAAACCUAAUAUUCCUUUGCCACGUUUUUCAACCCGUAGCCGUUUACCUCGUCGGGAUGGUUCAAAGAAGAUGAGGGAUAAAUUUCCUGCCUCAGUUACUGUUCAUGGUCCUGGAAGAGUUGGCUGGGAUCCCAUGUCACAUGUAGGAGGAUACACCGAGUUGAGGGUUUGUUCUGAUACUGACUCUGCUCGUCGUCCUGUAAAAAUUGGCUGGGAUCCCUUGUCACAUGUAGGAUACACUGAGUUGAAGAUUAGUUCUGAUACUGACUCUGAGUUUCCAUUUUCUGAUGACGAUGAUGGUAGCAGUUUCAUCAGUGGAAUUCAUGAGCCUAAGAAGGAAGGAUUUGUAGUUCAAUGUGCUUUAGAAAAUCCAUUCAAAGCACCAGUGGAAGGUUUGAAUCCAGCAAAGCAGAGCAAUGUUUCCUACAAACCCAAACCUUCACCUUCUGAUCCAUGUGUGCAGCCAGAUGGUAGCAAGGCCUCUGAGGUAAAAGUCUUGGGUGCCAAUGUUGCUGUUGAGAAUGGCUUCGAUGACCCUAACUGGCAGCAAGCUAGUCGGACGUCCAAUCCUUCUGCAUUAGCUGAGCGUAUUUCAAUAGAUGAUUUCCCUCCAUCAUCUAAUGUUGUUGAAAAAACAGAUGUUACUGGGACAAGCGACUUUGGACAUGCAUCCACCAAUAAGAAUGACGAACUUUUGAAGUCUAUAAGUGCAACAGAUGGAGAAUCUGCUAAAACUGAUCCUAUCAUAGAUGAUCCAGCUCUUGUAAAGCCAAAUCAUAUUAGUGUAAAUGUUGUGUCUGAGUCAGCAGCCACUGGUAAAGAAGCAGAUUCAUCUGGUAUUGUUAAAGAACAACCUACAUUGAAGGAACCUGAUAGAGUUGAUGGGGAACUGAAACCGUUGGCUUCACAAAAUUCUUAUGCUCAGGAGAGUAAUUUAUCAUCAAAUAAUACAAUGUCUGGGGUAAAUGGUGGCACUGAUGAAAAGCAGGUAACUGAUGCUUUCAAAUCUAAUCCAAAGCCAAUGCUUCAUGCAUCAGCGUCAGUAGAAUCUGGUCUUGAAUCUCUGGAUGAAGGUUAUGUCAGUGAAAUUGAAGGUGAAAGUCUAGAUGAUCGGUUAAAACGACAGGUUGAAUAUUACAGAAAAUGCAUAAAGGAGUUGUAUAAGGAACUAGAGGAAGAAAGGAGUGCUUCCACAAUUGCUGCAAAUCAGGCCAUGGCCAUGAUCACGAAGCUGCAAGAAGAGAAAGCUGCAAUUCAUAUGGAGGCCCUUCAGUACUUAAGAAUGAUGGAAGAGCAGGCUGAGUUUGAUGUAGACGCACUGGAAAAAGCCAAUGACCUCCUGGCUGAAAAGGAGAAAGAGAUACAGGACUUGGAAGCAGAGCUAGAAUUUUCAAAGUUUGAUAUCCCAGAUGAAACAAUGGAGAAUAUGCCGCUCAAAAGCUCUGAUUGGAAGGGUGAAAUUGACACCACUGAGAGUACUGUUGUUGCUUGUAACUCAAUGGAUACUGAGGUACCCGAAGCUAGUAAUGAUCGUCUUUUUUCUGAAACUACGCUUUUAGAGUUUGAGGAUGAAAAAUUAUACAUUUCAAAUUGUUUGAAGAGCUUGGAGAGGAAGCUUUCUGAAAUUUCCUGUAAUGGGGUUCCCUCCAACAUGCCUAAUGGUGGGCAGGCUAGAAAGUAUAUGGAUGAUGAACCAAUUCAAGAAGAGACUCCUAGAAAAGAGAGGAUUCUAUUAAAUGGUCAGGUUGAAGAGAAUGUUGUGCAUGGACAAAAAGAUUUUUUACAUGUAUCUAACAGAAGCUCUGCUGCUCAAGAGGGGCCAGCUCAUUCUGAAAGUUUAGACCAUGAAGAAAAAAAUGAUUCCGAUUCCCAUGGGCAAAAGGAUUUCAUGGAUCAUAGAGAAACCGAGUUGGUUGUUCUGGAAAAUGAAAUCUCAGACCUUAAUGAUAGGUUGGAGGCACUCGAGACUGAUCAUGAUUUUCUUGAGCACAUGCUUUACUCUCUUCAAAAUGGAAAUGAAGGCCUACGGUUUGUUCAAGACAUAGCUAUUCAACUGCGAGAAUUGCGAAAAAUUGGGACUGCUUUCAGAUGUCAGUCUGUUUCCUAACUUCAAAUGCACCAUCACAUGAUUUAUUUGAAAUACAAGGGCAGAAAUCAAAACCAAUGCUUCGAGUUUCAAUCAGCGAUCAUCUGAGUGCAAAAAUGAAGAAAUCAAUUGCAUUCCUUCGGUCACCUACAAUCAUGAAAACCAAAAUGAAUUUCAUGUACAGGUACCAGCCAAAACUCUUGGAAGAAGAAAAAAAAAAGAAAAAAAAAAAAAAAGGUCUAUAAUAGGACAUAGCUUUCCCAUCUUGGAAGCACAAUUUUGCAUCUUCUUUUUUCCACUGUUGGGUCUAUUUGGCCCUUCACUUUGUUUGAUUGGAGAGCUGGCAGGUUUUAAGUUCUAUGUUUUUCUAUAAGGCUGUAAAAUUAGCAUUUUUAUGUAGUUCCUAUUUCUUCUUCUCCAAGGUUGGCUCCAUUAUGUGUCCAAGCCACUUCCACUGUAAAUUCAAGCAGAUCUCUUAUAGUCAGUUUAGAGAGUUUACCCCAAAGUUUUCUCAAAUAGUGUCAUGCAAAUUUGGGUUUGCAACAUAGGACUGCUUGUAUCUCUUAUCGACUAACUUCCAUUUGUUUCCUAAGUAAAUUAAAGUAUGCAAACCCAACAUAGGAACGAAAAGCUCUAACA